CGCGCGGGCUGCGCGGGCCGCGAGGGGCGAGCUGCGCCCGCCGCGCUCUUCGGACUCCCGAGCGCAGGGCGCCGGCUGGCUGCGCUCCCCACCGCCGCCGCCGCCGCCUCCUCCUCCUCCCGAGCUGGCUCGGCCCGGCGGCCGGGGCGAUGUGAGCCGGGGCCCGCGGGCGCGGCCGGACCUCCGCGAUGUGGCUCAAGCCCGAGGAGGUGUUGCUGAAGAACGCCUUGAAGCUCUGGGUGACUCAGAAGAGCAGCUGCUACUUCAUCCUGCAGCGGCGCCGCGGGCACGGCGAGGGGGGCGGCCGGCUCACGGGUCGCCUGGUGGGUGCCCUGGAUGCGGUGCUGGAUUCCAACGCCCGGGUCGCUCCGUUUCGAAUUCUGCUCCAGGUCCCCGGCUCCCAGGUGUAUUCUCCCAUAGCAUGUGGUGAGUUACUGAGUGGAUCGGACGUGUACUGGGCCGUGGCCACGGGUGCCACGUUGGAGGAAAUAAACCAGCACUGGGAUUGGCUAGAGCAAAACCUCCUCCACACCUUGUCUGUCUUCGAUAAUAAAGAUGACAUCGCCAGUUUUGUCAAAGGGAAGGUGAAGGCUCUGAUCGCCGAGGAGACAAGCAGCAGGCUGGCCGAGCAGGAGGAGGAACCCGAGAAGUUCCGAGAGGCUUUGGUGAAGUUCGAGGCCAGGUUCAACUUCCCGGAGGCCGAGAAGCUGGUCACCUAUUACUCGUGCUGCUGCUGGAAGGGCAGGGUGCCCCGUCAAGGCUGGCUCUAUCUCAGCAUCAACCACCUCUGCUUCUAUUCCUUCUUCCUGGGCAAGGAGCUUAAACUUGUAGUCCCUUGGGUUGACAUCCAGAAGUUGGAGAGGACGUCCAACGUCUUUCUGACGGAUACCAUCCGCAUCACCACACGGAAUAAGGAGCGGGACUUCUCCAUGUUUCUGAACCUAGAUGAGGUGUUCAAGAUCAUGGAGCAGCUGGCUGACGUGACACUGCGAAGGCUGCUGGAUAACGAGGGCUUUGACCUGGACCCAGGUCUGCAGGAGCCCAGCCAGAUCACCAAGAGGGACCUGGAAGCCAGGGCGCAGAACGAGUUCUUCCGGGCCUUCUUCAGGCUGCCGAGGCGGGAGAAGCUGCACGCCGUCCUGGACUGUUCCCUCUGGACCCCGUUCAGCCGCUGUCACACCGCCGGGAGGAUGUUCACCUCCGACAGUUACGUGUGCUUUGCCAGCAAGGAAGCUGGCUGCUGCAAAGUCAUCCUCCCGCUGCGAGAGGUCGUGAGCAUUGAGAAGAUGGAGGACACGAGUCUGCUGCCGAACCCCAUCAUUGUCAGCAUCAGGAGCAAGAUGGCCUUCCAGUUCAUUGAGCUCGCGGAUCGCGACAGCCUGGUGGAGAGUCUGCUGGCGAGGCUGAAGCAGGUGCACGCCGACCACCCCGUGCUCUACGACACCACGCGGGAUGAGGACCUGACUUCAUCUGUGUUUCAUUCAGCAAGCAUGUGGGGUGACCACAGGUUUGGGCGUAUUGAGAUGGUGUCUUCUCAAAAUAGCGAGGAGAGGGAGAAGGAGAUGAGCCCGCAGCUGCACCCUGAGGCCCUGGUUGCCGGUUUCCGGCGGUCGGGCAGCCAGAGCCCCGACUCGAGACUGUCCAGAGAACAGAUCAAGAUGCGACUGUGGAACGACCACUUCGUGGAGUACGGCAGGACCGUGUGCAUGUUCCGGACGGAGAAGAUCCGGAAGCUGGUGGCCAUGGGGAUCCCUGAGUCGUUACGUGGCAAACUCUGGCUCCUUUUCUCUGAUGCCGUCACUGACCUCGCCUCGCAUCCCGGUUACUAUGGCAACCUGGUGGAGGAGUCCAUGGGAAAGUGUUGCCUGGUGACAGAGGAGAUAGAACGGGACCUGCAUCGCUCCUUACCGGAGCACCCCGCCUUCCAAAACGAAACGGGGAUCGCUGCUUUGAGGAGAGUCCUGACGGCCUAUGCCCACCGGAACCCCAGAAUCGGGUACUGCCAGUCCAUGAACAUCCUGACCUCCCUUCUGCUGCUAUACGCCGAGGAGGAGGAAGCCUUCUGGUUGCUGGUUGCUGUGUGUGAGCGGAUGCUGCCCGACUACUUCAACCACCGAGUCAUUGGGGCCCAGGUGGACCAGUCGGUGUUCGAGGAGCUCAUCAAGGAGCAGCUCCCCGAGCUGGCGGAGCACAUGCACGACCUCUCGGCCCUGGCGUCCAUCUCCCUCUCCUGGUUCCUCACGCUGUUCCUCAGCAUCAUGCCCCUGGAGAGCGCGGUGAACGUGGUCGACUGCUUCUUCUACGAUGGCAUCAAGGCCAUCUUCCAGCUGGGGCUGGCCGUGCUGGAGGCCAACGCCGAAGACCUGUGCAGCAGCAAGGACGACAGCCAGGCCUUGAUGGUCCUCAGCAGGUUUCUGGAUCACAUCAAGAGCGAGGACAGCCCUGGACCCCCGCUAGGCAGCCACCAUGCCUUUUUCUCGGACGGCCAGGAGCCCUGUCCUGUGACCGACAUCGCCGACCUGAUCCGGGACUCCUACGAGAAAUUCGGAGACCGGUCUGUGGCGCAGAUUGAGCACAUGCGCUGCAAGCACAGGAUGAGGGUCCUGCAGGGCCACGAAGACACCACAAAGCAGAACGUGCUCCGAGUCGUUAUCCCAGAAGUCUCAGUCCUUCCAGAAGACCUAGAGGAACUCUACGAUUUAUUCAAGAGAGAACACAUGAUGAACUGCUACUGGGAGCAGCCCAGGCCUGUGGCCCUGCGCCAUGACCCCAGCAGGCCCUACGCGGAGCAGUACCGCAUAGACGCCCGCCAGUUUGCGCGCCUGUUUCAGCUCGUCUCGCCGUGGACCUGCGGGGCCCACACAGAAAUCCUCGCUGAAAGGACUUUCAGGCUCCUGGAUGAAAACAUGGACCAUCUGAUCGAAUUCAAAGCAUUCGUGAGCUGUCUCGAUAUUAUGUAUAAUGGAGAAAUGAAUGAGAAAAUUAAACUGUUAUAUAGGCUUCAUAUCCCUCCAGGUGGAACAAACACUAGUGGGAAAAAAAGCAUAACUCACUAAUGAGGAAGUAUGCGGAGGACUACAGGUUUGAAUUUGUGCGCCCGCCGAAGAGUGAUGUCUUACUUGCCUGAUGGGAGGUGGAAAACCAAACAAAGCACAUCAGCCUCUGGCCUCAAACACCCGCCUUGUGCAGAGAGCGUCGGAACUCUGCGAGGGUCAAACAGGAGGCAGAGGGCUUUGUCAGAUCACUUGCAAAGGUAUCUGAUGCAUCUCGGGAAGCAAAGAAGCCCUAAGCCCAAGGCCUCACAGUUUUUGAAGAGCUCAGUUUAUUGGCUCCAUGGUGACUACAGCACUGUUUAGCAAAUAGAAGAGAAAUAUUCCAGAUGAUCUGGUACCAAAUUCGGUGAUGGAGGGAUGAACAGUAUUCUAGAAGACUACUGAAUCGGGAGUUUUCACUGCAAAUUGCUAAAUCUGUACGUAUGGGUCAUUUCACUCAGCUAAUUACACUGAUUGGACAUCCAGAAGGCCAUUUCCUGGAAGAACAUUAGAUUCAUUAGGAAGAAGCAUCAAAACAAGCUACCAAGAAUGACAUACCAGAGUUGGUAAAUGAACACAAACGAACGAGGCACUGGAGGCCUCCUGUAAAGACAGCACGCUGAGCGGAGCUGACGGCACGGUUCUGCUCCUCCCGGGAACUCUGCGAUUCGGGAAAUAUGUUGCUGGACUUGCAGAGCAGCUCCCCAAAAGGUGUCCCUGCUGGUCUGGAUCCACGUUUAAGUGACGUUCUUAAAAUGCUGAAUCUAAUAAAAUUCGAGCAAAGGUCAACUUAUCACAGGAUCCAAAAAUGAUAGUUUACAUCUAAUAACUUAGGCAGUACUGAUGUCAGCUACAUCAGAAAUGAUACCAGGCACAUUCGAUUGGGGGAAAGACAGCUUAGGCUAGAUGAAAGUCUGUUCUUUGUAUUGGGAUCCUGAGUUGAAAAUGUCACUUGAGGGUUUUGCAAAAUAUGAAAAGUGUAGAGUAUAAACCUCCUGAGAAACAUUUUGUGAAAUUAAAAGAUUGCACUGAGCUUUUUAAAAGAGAAAAGCUAGGUGCUUAGGAUCCCUAGUAUCGUCCAGAUUGUCAAGAAGCCACUAAAAUGGGAUUUAUGGUCCCAGCAUCCAGUACUUGUUGCAGCUCAGGUGAUUUUCUUAUAGUAGAUAUCUGAGACGCAAGUUGGAUACUUUGGUUGAUUUUCCUAUCAAUGCCUUGGUUAUAUUGGAAUUCCUAAUUAAUCCAAAUGCAAGUCUGUUCCCUUAGAAAUUGAUUGCUGUUUCUAGCCAACAUGGAGGGGCAGAAGGGGGGCAGUGUAUGGCUUUUCCCAGAAGGAAAUAUGUUGGAAAAUGGUAUUAUUUUGAUGCCUGUGGUGUCAACUGUGUCUGAAGGCCAACUUGUGUUGAAAGCAGUCUAUGUACUCUUCUGCCAGAGAGAAGCAGCUUUCAGCUGAACUGGCUUUUUCCCUCCACAAGCAUCCCAUUUAGAAAGUGCCGAGGUAGCAGUGAUGAUGACAGCGUCACAGGGAAUGAGUAUGGGCACCAACUAAUGAAAGUGCUUGAAGCCGCAAGGAGGGUGUCCUGCUCGUGUCUGUUGAAGCGAUGUACUUUCCCAGACGUGCACAGACAUGUGAGAUCGGGAGCUUCAGAUAACCAAAUACAAAUCCUCCAUCCAGUUUUAACAUGUGCAGAAUGUGAAGUGAGACACGGUGAAAGCUUUAAUAGAACUGUCUCUUAAUCCAUUUAUAGUCUUGAAUUAUGAAUUACACAUAUAUUGGAAUGUAAAAAUGUUACAUUUAUAAAAGCUCAAAUAUCUCAUUUUAAAAGGUUGGAAGUACAUUUAAAGGUGGUAUAAACUCAGUGGUUACUGUUUUUCCUUAUGCACUGUGUCUUACAUUUCUGAUAGGAAUAGAUAGCAGCAUGAGUGUUUUCCAGUGAGCGCCAAGACUCCUCCACUGUCCCGUGUCCAGUCCGGAUGCUGGUGCUUUCUGUGUGCAGGGACUGGAGAGAGGUUGGCUGGCCUUUCUGGCUCCUUGUCACUGUUGACACUUGACCUGCCUCCUUUCUGGACACUCACCCAUCCCUUGAAUUAAUCGUUCCUGUCUGUGCUCCCAUGAUAUUUGUGUGUUUUGGUUCUUCUGUUAGAGCAUCUUCUUAGAGUGACUUGUGUACACGUUUCUGUUUGAUACACUGAGCUCUUUGAGGAUAGGGACCCAGUAUCCGCGAGACAUCCCAGCGGCUAUUACUUGGGAAGCCAUUUCUAUCGUGACUGCCCCAAGUACCAUCCAGGGUUUGUAAUUUUCUUCCUAUUCAGUUUGAGUGGAUUCUCACAUGCGCCACUGCAUAGAAUUUGUUUUGGGUAAAGUUGGAAAAAAACGACUCAAUAACUUU